CGAUGCCACGAUGGCGCCACGCUCUUCCACCUUCCUCUCCCGCGUCGCCGACGCCGCGCGCCCGCUCUCUGUCUCCGCUCGUCCCCGUCUCUCACCGUCCUGUCCCUCUCACACCGCCGCCGCGCCCGCCUUCAGCCCGCCCGCCUUCCACACGCACCUCGCAUCCGUCGCGUCGCACCUCCCCUCCCUCCUAGCCGCUCUCUCCCGCGCCCGCGCCGCGCGGCUCCCGCUCCUCCCGGUCACCCGCGCGCUUGCCGCCUCAGCGCUCCUCCGCCACGGUCGUCUACCCGAUGCCCUCGCACACUUCAGUCUCCUCCCGGAUUCUGACCCCACCGCUCCUUUACCCGUACCGCUAUGCAAUUCCCUUCUCUCAGCGCUAGCGUCGUCCACUGGGUCUCUCGGCCACGCGCGCAAGGUGUUCGAUAGAAUGCUGGCAGGAGCUGUCGAGCUGAACACCGUUGGGUUCGGGGUGUUUGUUAAUGCCGCAGGUAGGAAAGAUGACGGACUGGCUGAGGUCCUGCGCCUGGUGGAUGUGGUGGGCUGUCAAGGGAGACGGGUUAACAGGUCGGUUGUGGUGGCAAUGCUUGUGGACGGUAUGUGUAGGGAGGGACGAAUUGAGGAUGCUUGGCGUGCUAUGGAUGAGAUGAGGCUACGUGGGUGGAAACCAGAUUUCUUGGCAUAUAGGAUUGUGGCCGAGGGGUUUAGGGUACAGGGGAGGGUGGAAGAGGAAGGAAGGAUCUUGAAGCAGAAGAGGAAGCUUGGUGUUGCGCCUAGAAAGGAUGAGUACAGGGAAUGUGUGCUUGUGUUGGUGUCCAACAGGCUGUUUAGAGAAGCGAAGGAGAUUGCCGAGGCGGUUGUGUUGGGAGAUUUCCCAAUUGAUGAUGAUGUGCUGAACAUUUUGGUUGGUUCAGUGUCUGAGAUUGAUGUCGAUGGUGCUGCCAUGUUCUGCAAGUUCAUGAUGGGGAAGGGGAGGUUUCCAAGUACUGAGAUGCUUGCACACCUUUGCGAGAGUCUUUGCAAAAGUGGGAAGGGCGACGAAAUGUGGGAGAUUUUGAGGGUGCUUUUGGACAAGGGGUAUUGUAGGAAUGCAAGGGGUUACCAUUUGGUGGUGUCAUUCUUAGGGAAGGCUGGAAAGGUUAGGGAGGCAUAUGAUGUGCUCAAGGAGGUGAAAAAAAAGAGGCUAGAGCCUGACAUUUCAUCAUAUAACUCCCUUAUGGAAGCGCUGUGUAGAAAUGACCUUCUUAGGCCAGCCAAGAAGUUGUGGGAUGAGAUGUUUACCAGUGGGUGUAGCCCAAAUCUGCAGACAUACAAUAUACUCAUAACAAAAUUUACAGAAAUGGGUGAAAGCCAAGAGGUCCAACAACUCUUUGACCAUAUGUUCCAGAAAGGUGUGGCCCCAGAUGGUGCAACAUACACGUCCUUCAUCAAUAUGUUGUGCCAGGAAAAUAAAUAUGAACGGGCCCUGGAGGUCUUUAAUAAAUCUUGGAUGCAGGAUGCUGGAGUGGCUAGUUUUGUGCUGAGUAGUUUUAUACUUGCACUCUGCAAACAAGGUAAUUUCAAAGCAGCAUUGAGUGUUAUGUGUAAUGUUCCAUCUAAUGUUGAGAACUUGAACUCACACAUCAUCUUGCUGAAGCAUCUAACCGAUGUUGGGGAAGUGGAGAUGGCCAUUGAGCACCUAGAAUGGAUUAGGAGCAACUGCAGCUCUAGUUUUGAGAACAUAAUGAAUGAGUUCAUGGCUUCUCUAUCCACAUCAGCCAGUCUUCAACAUGUGACAAAGUUGAUACAGUAUUUACACUCACGGAGACUUAUUGAUGAUGCACAUUGUAGGUUGGGGGAAGAAUGAUUGAGACUAUUAUGUGGUCCGAUCAGGCAGCCACAACAUUAUUAGGGAAACAAGAUCUAUAUUGCAGUGUUUAUGCCUAUCACAAAAUGACCAGAUCACAAAGGUACAGGAAAGUGUGUAAUGUAACCACACUAUUCUUACAAGAAAGAGUGCGACUAGGGUGCGACUGUGCGAGGUGUGUGUGGAUUGCGGGCGCGGCGGCGGCUUGAGAGGAACAGGACGGUGGGAGACAGAGAGGGGGUGUGUGGUGGCGGUGGCGGUGCCAGCGACGACGCAGGAGAGGAAGGUGGAGGGGCGUGGUGUCAUCGUGGCAUCGCCGCAGCGAGCAAGUAGGCGCGAAGUUAGAUCAGAACGGGUUCGGAUCAAAUUAUAUUGAUAUGUGCCUCUCUAAUGGAUACAUCCGAUCAUUUUUUUAAUUGAGUCAGAUCUUUUUAGCUUUGGGUUAGAUUUGAUUUUAGAUUUUUAAAAAAGUUGGUCUGUGUCCGAUCGACCAAUCGAUCCGUGGUCAAAAAUAUGGUUUGUGUCUGUUCGUAGAAUUUGAUCGGUUGGAUUGAAUUUUUUUCAAGCGAGUUAAUUGAAUUGGACGGAUAUGGCGAGUUAAUU